UUCAUUUCGUGUUUUCUCGACUCAUCUUUCUUAAGCUUCAAACUCUCCAAAAUAUUCUAAAUGGCAAACUACUCGCUUUUGUGUGCAAAAAUUAUAAAAAUAACUGCAUUGGUGCUUGCAUUUCUGUUGUUGGUCAAAACCUUUCUGUGUUUUCUCUUAUCAUUUGCCAUACUCGAAGAACCACCUAAGGAAUGGCCGCAAAGACUGAAAGAUGACUGCUAUCCAAGAUGGUAUGGUUGGUUCUCGCUGAUGCUCAAUUCAUUUGGCGUCGUGGUCUACUAUUACAUGUACUUCGGCAUACUAAAUACGAACAAACGUAAUCUGUAUAUUGGACUCGUGGGCGUAACCGGUUAUUUGACCAUAGCUGUACUUACUCAUUUAGUAAUGUGGGUGCAAGGGGCAAAGCCGCAGACGAUGAUAAAAUUAAAUUGGAUUGGAACAGGAAUUUCGGUUAUCUGCAGUCCCCUAUCUUAUUUGCAUUACAGAAGAAUUAUUGCGAAUGAGCGAAAUGAAGUAAUGAAUACUGAAAAAUUAACACAAACAAAGCUAAAGUAAUGCCUCAAUGCAGGCUAGACAUGGCUUCUGAGGCUGUCUGCAUAAUGUCUGCAUAC